CUUCCACUACAAAACAAACCCCAUAUUCCCCCUCCCUCCUCCUCCCUAUAUAUACCAACCUUGCAGGAGUUUCCCAUUUCUAGUCUGCCCAGUGUUUCCUACUUUCCUCAGUCAACUCUUUUCAACCCCCACCAAGCCCUCCAUGGAUUCCCAGGUCUUGGUUGCUCUCGCACUCUCGCUUGUGGGUGGGCUGAGUACUUCUCUGGGUGCUCUUUUCGUUAUUCUGAAUGAGGCACCCAAUUUGAAGAUGCUUGGGCUUUUGCAGGGUUUUGCUGCAGGUCUGAUGCUAAGCAUAUCAUUCCUAGAUCUAGCUCACAAUGCUAUAAACUCGAUUGGAUUCCUAAAAGCCAAUUUAUGGUUCUUUGGUGGUGUAAUAUUCUUUGCUAUAAUCGCCAAUUUUAUUCCCGAACCAUCACUUGCUCCAAGUUCAGAUGUGAAAAGUAAAAAGCAACAGAAAGGCGGGGAUGAAGGGGGAAAAGACACUCUGAAGAAGCAUCGGCGUCAAGUUUUAUACAGUGGUAUUGUUACAGCAAUAGGCAUAAGUUUGCAUAACUUUCCUGAAGGAAUGGCGGUGUUCCUUGGAUCAAUAAAGGGCCUUCGUGUUGGUGUGAAUUUGGCUUUGGCCAUUGCCCUACACAAUAUCCCAGAGGGAGUUGCUGUUGCCCUUCCUGUCUACUUUGCAACACAGAGCAAAUGGCAGGCAUUCAAAUUGGCAACACUUUCUGGUUUUGCUGAGCCUUUGGGUGUUAUAAUUGUAGCCUAUCUCUUCCCUAGCAGCUUGGAUCCAGAAAUUCUUGAAGGCCUUCUAGGAGCAGUUGGUGGAGUGAUGGCUUUUCUGACUCUCCAUGAGAUGCUGCCCUUGGCAUUUGAUUAUGCAGGACAAAAGCAAGCUAUCAAGGCUGUGUUUUUGGGAAUGGCUUUCAUGUCUGCAAGCCUAUACUUCCUUGAAAUCAGCUUACCUGCAGAAAUGAGCUUGUAGCUGUAUUCGGUUUCCUAUCUAUAGUGUUGUACAUUUAUGUACUGCCAUGCAUUUGAGGACUAUACCUGUGCUCACUUCUUGUAAUUGGCACUAAAUAGCUCGUAAUACUGAUGUUAGAUUUGAUUUCGGCCUAUCAGAGAUUUACUGUUGCCAAAAGUAGCAGUUUGAUCAUAUGUAAGAUCCUAGAAACAUUGCAAUCAAAUGUAAAGUGACUAGUGUAUGAGACUCGAUUUCUUCAAUCAACCUCAGUUACUUGCU